GGGAAGCGUGUGUGUGUGUGUGUGUGUGUGUGUGUGUGUGAAGGGGAGGGGGCGGCGGGCUGCGCCCGACCAGCCAAUAGGCACCGGCUGCUUCUCCAGCUCCCCGGGCGGAGGCACCGGGACUGAGCGGAGACUGGCAGGGGCAACCUGGGCGAGCGCGGCGCGGGGAGCCGAGCGCAGGGCGCGUCCUUCUCUCCCCGCCGCUGUCUCCGGGAGAGCGGAGCUGGAGCCCGCGGCUCCCCCGGCCAUGGAGCCCAACAGCCCCCGGAAGAUCCAAUUCACCGUCCCGCUGCUGGAGCCGCAUCUGGACCCGGAGGCAGCCGAGCAGAUCCGGAGGCGCCGGCCAACUCCUGCCACCCUGGUUCUGAGCAGUGACCAGUCAUCCCCAGAAAUCGACGAGGACCGGCUCCCCAACCCAUUGCUGAAGCCGGGUCUGUCCAUGUCUCCCAGACAGAGGAAGAAGGCCCCCCGCAUGACCCCCACCAUGAAAGAGCUCCAGAUGAUGGUGGAGCACCACCUGUGCAAGCAGCAGGGGGAGGAGGAGGAUGCCAGUGUGGAGAGCCAGGAGCCACACAGCCCCAGAUGCUGCCACCACGGUAACACAGCCCCCAGCCACAGCCCCGGGGGGACCUGCCCCCUUGCUCAGGCCAAGUCCAGGCUGGAGUCUCAGGAGGGCAACCGUGCUGGACCAGACAGGAAGGAAGAAUCGACAGGAGCUUGUGCAAAAAGCGAAGACAAUGGAAGGCCAGGACUGUCCUCAGAGAAGCAGAGUGAUCAUAUACUCCCAACGGACUCCUCAGGUGGCGCUCUGGUCCAGGUGUGAGUGGUGUUUCGAGGACAGAGGCAGGGCAACAUGGCGGGGAGGAAGGAAGAAGGAAGAUCACUGGGUUCGGGGGUGGAGGCAAUUAAUGAUUGUUUUCUAAGAUUUCAAUGGCUGUUUGGGUGUUUGUGAUUUUUUUUUACUGCCAUAGAGAAGACGCUCUGGAGUGGGACAGUGAAGGCUGAAAUCUGGCCCCACCAGCCCUUCCUGGCUCGCAGUGGAUGGGGCAGCCCGGCACAAGUGGGGCAUUUCACAGCAAAUACAAUGAUCCUGGGCGGGAUUGACAGUGCCAAGUGUGGACAUGCAAUUCCAGGCAGAGUCCAGAGAGGGUGAGAUCCCCCCUUGCACUGCCCAGCCCAGGACCUCACACCCUCCAUGAGACCAGAGCAGGAGUGUAGGAAUGGCUGGGCCUUGUGCCAGGCCACCCCUGGCUCUCCCCUCACCCAGCUGACACGUGGUGAAGCUAUGACCUGCCCUGUCCACACUAAGGGUUUGAAGCAUGUUGUCAAUCAUGGUUUAAACACACCUUUGUGCUAGUGUGGACAAGCCCCGAGGAGCGCAGCACGUAGGGGGACACCCCUUUCUCCCCAGCCACACGGGACACCCCAGUGCUUCUCCCUCGCCCUUGGUCUGACCAGGGUAUCUAACCCUACAAGGCUCCUGCCACCCCAGCCAGGUCCCAGGACAGGGCAAGUGUAGGAUGUGACCCCAGGUCAAGUGUGGGAUGUGAGCAUGCAGCGUGCCUCGAGCCUGGCAGUGCCACACAUCUGGCUGCCCUUGCCCCUCUCCAGAGGUGCAGGAGGCUGAACCCUGCCCGGUGUGUCUGUCGUCGCCUGCACUCAGCCCUCUACAAGCCCCCAUCGUCACCGCAGCUUUGGCUGUCCAGAGCACCAAGCCUGUCAUGUCAAUCAAUAAACUGAUCUCAUGUUAGC